AUGAGUUCUGGCGCUAAUACAACGGUCAAGUCCGAAAAGGAUUUGUCCAAAUCGAAAAAAAUAGCGUGUGUUGAAUGCCGACAGCAGAAAGCCAAAUGCGAUGCCCAUGAAACAGCACCAGGGCCCUGUACACGGUGCAAGCGCAGAAACCUCCCCUGCGAACUGAAAUCGGACUACAAAAGAACUUAUAAGCGGGCAAAGAUUGCUCAGCUCGAAAAGGAGUACGAGGUUCUCCGUCAAAGAUUGCACGGAGACCCCCAGUCACUGGACCUGUUACCUCAUAUGAACGCUCUUUCCCCACUGCCUCCACAUGUGCAGCCGCCAAUUAUAUCACAACAAGCUAGGUUUGUGUCGCCAACACCGUCGCCGAUCCCCGUGGCGGCGAAAACAGUGCCCAAUUCGGGUCCGGUCGUGAUACGAAAUAAUGUGGAGCCAACGUUCUUCGGUACAAAGGGCCCAGAUCCCGUUCCUGUCCCGUGUAUUCAUAUCGAUCCGUCACUUUACGUGUGUCAGCCCAAGUCGUUGGGAGACGUUCAUCUUUCCGAGGAGCAGAUCAAGGCCCUUUUCGGCGAAUAUGUCGAAAGGUACCAUCCCAUUCUGCCUGUGGUUGAUGUCUUUAAAGGUGUUGAAAAACUCUACAAGCUGUGUCCGGUUCUUUUCUGGACCAUAAUGUACACUUCGCUGCGGAAACACCAAUCCGCGAUAAUCUCAAGGGAGGAGAGCAGCUCGCUGUAUUUUGCUCUUUCUCCAAUUCUCAAGUCCGCACUUGCUGAGCUUGCGAUUUCUCCAAUCACGAGGUACGCGCCAGCCGAGAUGGAGGAGGCCAUUCUGAACGUUUCAAGUGUUCAUUCUGUUCAGGCCCUGUUGAUAUUUACGUUCUGGCCGCCGCUGAAAUCGUCAUUGAGUGCAGACGCUUCGUGGAACUCGAUCGGAAUGGCUAUUUUCCAGGCCAUCAGAAUCGGGCUCCAUGUGCCAGGUCAUUCUCCGGACGGAAUGAAAACAACCAACAUGGACCUUUUACAGGAGCAGGUUCGCACCUGGUUAUGUUGUAACGCGGUUUCCCAGACAAUCGGCACGGCUUUUGGGUUCCCCAGUUUUGUGCAGCUUGACACGUCGCUGUUGAUGUCAUGCAAGCCGAACUCGUCGUUCGAGAUCUCGGAGUCUCUACGUCAGAUGGUGGAAAUCCAACUAUUUGAGGAUUCCUUGGCCAAAACAAUGAAUAGCAACCCGUUGGAUCCCUUGAGGCUGGUCGAUGCCACUGAACGGCUACCAUUACUUCAUCUGCUCCACACGCAGCUUGACCAAUUGGAAAUCAAGCUGUUGUCAGAUUUCGCCAACCCCGUCGACGAUAUCCGUCGGCUGACUCUGUAUGCCGCAAGACUGCACAUCAGCACCUACUAUUUUCUGGACACCGACAGAAUAGCUCCGUUUGAGCUCAUCAAGGGCAUGACCAAAGCAUACAACGCCGCGUUGGCAGUUAUCCUACACUGCAAGGACGCUCAAGCCAGAGACAAGGGUUUCAUGAAGUACAUGCCGGGAGUUCAUGUGCUCACCAUGUGGCAGGCAGCUUUUAUUAUUGCACGGCUGGUGCAUUCCACGUACUCUUCGUUUGUCGAUGUCGGGGCCGGCAAAGAAGCGUACCAGAGUGCGAUUGAUCUGGUGUUCAAGGCGUCGGUUGUGAAACACGACAUGGCUCACCGUUCAUCUGGAAUCAUGCGCUCUUUAUGGCCUUUACUUAAGACACUCCAUGAACAGGGAGACGAGUUUCAAAAGGUCACUGUGCGGUCAAGAAUGGCCGCCAGUGUGUUCUUCGACUGUCUGUGGAUUCUGCGAGAGAAGAGCGGCAUGAUUAAGCUUGCUCCUCGCCAGGACGCGUCGAAUCUGGAUGGAGUGGUUGCAGAUGGGGAGUCUGAGUCUGACGAGUACGACGAGGCGGUGAAUUCUGGGUCCGACUCCGAGGAACGCGCCGAGGAGUCUAACGGUAAGGACUCGCAGCGGACGCCAAAUUCGUCUGUGUCGUCGCAAUCGCGAAGACGCCGCAAACAGCGCAGUUUGUCCAACACUCUGCAUCCUGAGUCUUCUGCUCGGAAGAUCAUCAAUACGAUCCCACUAGACCCCCAACCGAUCUCAUUGGCUGAAAAACAGGGCCAUACGAGCGGAACGAACAGCACCAACACGUCACCGUUCAUGCACCAGUACCGGUCUCCACCAAACCACGCAACGAUGCAACCGCCUCCAGUGAAGAACGUUCAAACAGCAGAACCAAAGACGACCGCAACAAAUCCUGUUCAGUACCCGCUGGACUCGUGGGAAAUGGUGUCGGAUCUGGACUCGGAGCUGCUGUUCAAGAACAUCGACACCGUGAUGGACGUGUUUGGCUUCCACACCGAGUAG